AUUGGCACUGAUAGCUUUGGCGUAGCUUACACACAGACUAUGUUACAGAAAUAAAGCUGCUGCUCUUAGACUUGUCCAAAGCGCGAAAGUUUAAGUUGCAAAAGGCCUGGAAAGACAGAACUUCCACUCGGGUUCAUGGCAUUGUUGACGCGACUUAGCCUCCACAAUCCACAACUUUGUGCAUUGUCCACUAUUGGCCGACGACCAGCUUCACCACUAUCUCGCCAACUUCACGCGUCUUUCUUGACCCGCCAAAUAAUGCCACCCAAAAAUAAAACUGCAGCAAAGCGUAAAGCGGCAUCCGAGUCACAAUCGGAUAAUGAAGCCACACAGUCUACUUCAAAGAAGGCCAAAGUAUCAAAAGACUUGCCAGAGUCCGCCGUUGCCACCAACGGCCAGCCUACUAACAAAGUACUACCUGUCAACAUCAGUUUUCCACCUCGGAUAGCAGGCACAGUUCGCCUGUCAACGUGGAAUAUUUGUUCGCUUGCAUCGGCUUCUAAGAAAGGAUUCAAAUUCUAUGUUGAGGCGGAGGAUCCAGACGUUCUUGUGCUAACAGAGACCAAGGUAAACGAAGUCCCUGUAGACCCAUUCCUGACGUCGCGAUUCCCUCAUUGUACCUGGGCUAUAUCUUCCAAGAAGACAUACUCAGGAACAGCCGUGCUUUCCAAGCACAAGCCUCUAUCUGUAGACACAAAGCUUCCGGGACAUCCAGACCCAAGCAGCGUCAAGGGUCGUAUCAUCACGGUGGAAUUUUCUGGUUGUUAUAUUGUAGCCACAUAUGUGACGAAUGCUGGUCAGGGGCUCAAGACCCUAAAAGAGAAGAACGUAUGGAAUGAGCACUUCACCGCAUAUAUCCAGGAUCUAGACAAGAAGAAACCUGUCAUAUGGAUGGGUGACCUCAAUGUCGCGCCAACUGCAAUAGACUUGGCAAAUGCAAAGUCAAAUUGGAACAAGACACCUGGAUAUACAAAAGAUGAAACCGAAGCGUUUCAAAAUAUUCUCAACCCUCCUGCAUCUGCUGCUGGAGUUGGCAAAUUUGUUGAUGUCUGGAGGCAGAAUCAUCCAGAAGACAAACACUACACAUAUUUCUCGUACCGUUUUAAUUGCCGGACCAAAGGCCUUGGUUGGAGAUUGGAUAUGUUCGUGGUGAGCGAGCGACUAGUGGAAAAGGUCAAGAUGUGCGAGAUCAGAAGUGAGAUCUAUGGCGCAUCAGAUCAUGUGCCAGUGGUGAUGGAAAUAGAGAGCGACGUCGUUACGGGAGGCUAAACUCUGUAGCAUUCGCGAUAUGUGAAUAUCCGCUAUCUUCCGCACGUCGCGGUUUCCUAGUGAAAUACAUAAGACAUAAGGGUGGUGAUAUGGACAAAUCAAGAAUCCGCAUAUUCUCCGAAUCGUACAUGGCCCGUCUCCUGGGCGUGCAUUCUCGCAUCCUUCUCGCCUUUCAAUCCCUUGCCACAGUCCUG